GAUUUUACUUUACUGUGGAACAAAACCCAAGCCUGCCUCAUCGUCCUGACCUGCACACACAUCAGGGAAGAGAGAGCUGUGACCAUCCAUUACUCCUCAUUAGGUUAGUGCACAAGAACAGAAAAAAGCUACCAAGAUAGAGGAUCCAGGGGUCAUGGCUGGUUUUCUGGUGUGGUUUUGGAACGAGAGGUUUUGGUUGCCUCAUAACGUGACCUGGGCCGACUUAAAAAACACAGAGGAGUCCACGUUCCCCCAGGCGGAGGAUCUGUAUGUGGCGUGUCCACUGGCCUUCAUCAUCUUCAUCAUCCGCAUCGUGUUUGAGAGGUUUAUUGCAAGACCAUGUGCUCUGGGACUGAAAAUCCAAGCGAACGGGCCUCGGAAGGCUCAAGCAAAUGCCAUUUUGGAGAAGGUCUUCACUGCUAUUACCAUGCAUCCUGAUGAGAAGAGGUUAGAGGGCUUAUCAAAGCAGCUGGACUGGGACGUGAGGACAAUCCAGCGCUGGUUUCGACAGAGACGCAAUCAAGAGAAACCGAGCACUCUGACCCGUUUCUGCGAGAGCAUGUGGAGGUUCACCUUUUACCUGUACAUAUUUACUUACGGGGUGCGGUAUCUUAAAAAGACUCCCUGGCUGUGGAACACUAGAGAUUGCUGGUACAACUAUCCAUAUCAGGCUCUAACGGUGGACCUGCACUAUUACUACAUUUUGGAGUUGUCGUUCUACCUAUCUCUGCUCUUCUCCCAGUUCACAGACAUCAGGAGGAAGGACUGUCUGCUCAUGUUCAUGCACCAUGUUGCCACCGUCUCUCUGAUCAUGUUAUCUUACGUGAAUAACAUGGCUCGUGUAGGCACGCUCGUCCUGUGCCUCCAUGAUGCUUCAGAUGUGCUGUUGGAGGCUGCCAAAAUGGCUAACUAUGCCAAGUAUCAAAGGCUUUGCAAUGUCCUGUUUAUCAUGUUUGCACUGGUGUUCAUCAGCUCCAGACUGGCCUUAUAUCCUGUCUGGAUUUUAAACACCACUCUAUUCGAGAGCUGGGAGAUCGUGGGGCCGUACCCAUCUUGGUGGGUGUUUAACGGGCUUCUGGUGCUGCUUCAGGGUUUACACAUUUUCUGGUCCUAUCUCAUAGUGAAAAUAGCCUGCAAAGCCAUCUCCAAAGGCAAGGUGGGAAAGUGGAAUCCUUUACAUGUGUCAAAGGAUGACCGCAGCGACAUCGAGUCAAGUUCUGACGAAGAGGAAGUGGCGCCGUCUGGUCACAAACACCACACUAACGGGACCAACGGGUCUCACGGCACUAACGGUUUCCUGUCAUCUACGUGUCACGAUGAACACUAACCGCUGAGCGUUGUUUCUGCCUGCUGCAGCCUGCUUGUUAGUCUGUACAGUACUCAAAACAUCUGUGUCAAAACAACAAUGUCACCCAUCUGGUACUGGAGGAUCGUAAAUGCAGAAUAAUGUGAAUGCAGUCGCAUUUCAGUAUGAUUCAGUACAAUGAUUUUGUCCCCUGUUCCUCGUACCUGUUUUACUUUUCUUAUCUCAAACCAUUUAUAGGCACUCGGUUGAAUAUCAAUACUAUCACUGCUCCGUCCUCUAUCUAUAGCUCAAUCUGGUGUUAUUUUGAAAGAAUGGAAGCAUCUCUCGUGUCAUGCUAGCAUGCUGCCGUGGUCAUGUAGUUUUGGUGUCAGUGGGAGCAGCUCUUUUCUCGAGGUAACAUCUACGUAUUUAUUUAUUUUUUUAUAUCUAUAUAUAGGUUGCAAAAUUGUGGUCGAGACGUUCUUUUCGAUUUCUUAUAGUAAUUCACUGUCGGUGUUUUGAGAUGGCGCACUAUUUAAAGUUCACUCACCGUUUCAGGAUUCAGCAACAGCUUUUUACUUACGAGGUGUUUCGCUCGAACGAUUUCUCACAAUCACAGAUGAGGAUCUGCUGUCUGAUCUGCUCACCUAUAAACUGGAUGCCAUGCAUUAUACAAACGAGUGACACCACUUGCUAUAUUUGCACUAGUGAACUAUAAAAUGGGAAUUCUCUAACUGUAUUAUGUGCUCAUGUGUUUUGUUAGGAAUUUUUACACAUCGUCCUUCACCUGCAAGUAUCAAGUAUAAACCUGUACUUAAAAGAGUGGACAUCUUAUAAUAGAGUUUUUGGGUUUUUAUUUUUUCUUUUGUGUUUGAUUUUUACAUUGUGUUAAAGAAUUGUAAACAACAUUGAAUACGUUAUUUAAUGGACUUUUAAGGAAGUUAAUGAUUUUGCCCUUAGUCAUUGAUUUAAAAUGUAAUUCUCCAUCUGAGUUGAAAUGAACCAUGUAAUGUGUUAUACAGUACUGUAGGUAGGAGCCACAGGUGUAUGACAAUUUGCCACAGUAUUAAUAUCAAAUUCUAUUGAUCUGAAUCUGUUUAUCAUUAGGUGAAUUAUGAAAAUAUCCCCUUUAAAUGAUCUUUUUUUAUUUGACCUUCUCACAUGUUGCCAAAAUCCUGAACGCAAUCCAGCGAUUAUUAUGUUUCUGCUUCUUCAGCUUUGAAUGAUCUCUUUUUAUUGUCCCAUUGUCCUGUUCUUGGUAUAAUGUAACACUUAUUCUUUACUGAGCUAAGUGGAUGACUCAUUAAAAUGCCUUUGAAAUCA